AUGUCGGAAAUAUCGAAAAACUUCAAGUACUUGUCUUACGGACCGAAACACAUCCCUGGAGAGAACCUUCAGAUGAGGACCGAUAUGAAAUCGUUUACGGGCCAAAAUAGUACAUCUCAAUAUUCAGCUAAAGAAUCGGGUUUAAACAGAUUCACUGAAAAUAAAUUACCGAAACUAAAAAUCGAUAAAAAUACCGAACUCGAGUUACAAGUCAUCCCGUCUCCUAGAGCGUCAGCUAAUACUAGACUGAAAUGGUAUAAGAAUCGGUUAUUUACGGUUUCGGAUAUUUACGAUAUUUUGCAAUUCGGUAAGCCGGUUAUUUUGAGGAGUGUUUGCAAGCGUUGCCUUCAGUCGUCUGAUAAAUUUCAGGCCAAUGAUACAAACAUAUUUGUGAGCAUGAAAGGCAGCGAAACUCGAAUACUCAGCGAGGAUCCCUGGACGAAUAUUCGUUACACCGUUCCAUACGGUUCGAAAAAACUCGAGUCGGUAACCAUGGACAGCCCGCCCCCGAAUCUGGGUUAUGAUAGUAGUCGCCAGGAAUAUGGCAGUCAUGAUGAUGAUGAUCUUUGGAGUGAUGAUGAUGAUUAUGAUCAUCAUCAUCAUCUGUUGCCAUGGAGACAGCGGCCCAAAAUGAAGAAAGGAUUUCUGAUGUAUGGAAAGAUGUAUAGGUUUAGGAAAGCAGACACUAUCAACAACAACAACAACAACAACAACAACAACAACAACAACAACAACAACAACAAUAAUAAUAAUAAUAAUAAAUAUAGCAUCAAUUACAACAACAACAACAUCAACAACAACAACAACAGUAGCACUUCAACAAGUCAUUACAUCAAAAGAAGAUCAUCAUCGAAUGCAGUCUACGAAAAUAUCAACCACGUGAUCAAAAACGUCAUCAUCAACAACAACAACAACAACAGUAACAACAACAACCAACAACAACAGCAAAAACAAAUCGAGAAGGCGUUCAACAAAUUUUGGGCCGAAAAAGCGAACGGUGAAGUGGUCAACAGCAAAUUUCUUAUCGGCUUUCCCAUCAUUAACGACGUUCGGAAUUUAAGAUAUGCUUAUCUCAUCAGCAUUUUUGCAGUUGAAUGA